GAUUUGUGUCUCGCCAGAUCGACAGGAAGCUUGCGUCAACCCCUACCAACAUUUUGUGUAACAAGUCACAACAGUUGGUCCAUUUUAUAUCAACAGCAGAACGUCGCGGGAACUUUUCUCAGCUCUACCGUCUGCCUUCGUUCUUUCCCAAAGUUGGACCAGACCGAAUAAAGUUUCUUCAAAACGUCAACUGAACCUCCUUCUCACCACCACCAUCAAAUCACCAACCAAAAUGAAAUCAACUGCUACCCUUCUUACUGCGCUCAGCGCCCUCGCCGUCUCUCCUGCCCUCGCUGACUUCGAUGGCUUCUUCCGCUUCAUCGGCGGCAACUCCGUCAUCUCCGGCCAGCGUCUGCGCCUAAACAACUCGAUCCCCUGGAUCUCCCCCGGCGUCUCGCACGCCCCGUACAAUCCUGCCGACCACUUCUCGCGCAUCUACAUCAACGAUACUACCCCCUCUCUCCUCUACGUCGUUCCCACCAACCCUCACCCUCCUCCAGUGCCCGGCUACUACGCCCUUUCCGGCACCGAGGGCGUGCCAGACGCGUACAGGCUGGUGCAGACGUACAGACCAGAUGAGGAAGGGACCGUGAAUCUGUAUAAGGAUUGGAAGGUCAAGAAGGUUUGUAACCAGGCCAAGAAUGAGACGAGGCUUCUACUGAGAUAUGGCAAUGAUUUGUACAACGAGUGGAGGUGGAUUGCGGUUAGGGAGGUUGGGUAUACCGGUGCCGAGAGGUGGGUGCCUUGGUGGGUGAAGCACAGUGACGCCAAUGUUGGUAACUUGACGACGUGGGAUUAUGACAUUGCGGAUUUGGAGCUUGUGGAAGCUGAGGGGCCCGUAAACUCGAAUGCGCCAGGGGGUGUCCAGGAGAAUUAAGGGGUGCCGUGGGCUUGGACUUGGGGAGUUGUGCAGGAGGGUCGACGAGACCUCCUAGGGGAGGGAAAAAGAAAGGAAGGAAUAGGCCUGGGAGGCGGAGAACUGAGGACUCGGAGUAACGGGGAUGGGGUAAGUGCCUCUAGGGAGUAAUAUUUAAUUGGGGUCUCAUCUACGAUCAACGGCGGGUUGGUCGGGAGGAUGACCAGCCGCGUUUUUGACAUUCUUGCACAUAGUUUUAACCGCCCUCGCGGUCUUCAAUUUCAAGUCCUUCAAUUCAUU